CGCCUCUGCUAGCUAAAUCAACCGAACCACUGGAGUGACACAGGUAGAGAGAGAGAGAGAGAGAGACAAAGCAAGCAAGAUACUUUGGCCGGGAAAAUUCGACGGCGAUUUGUCUCACUGUUUUCAUCAUCUUCAGGUUAAGUGUACAUACAUGGAUGAAGACGCAGAGAGUAGUACUACUGGUACAUGUGUACGUGCGGCCAAACGCUCGGGUAAUCUAGAUAGGCUGAGCAAAUUACCAGAUUGUUUGCUAUGUCAGAUUCUUUUAAAACUUCCCACAAAAGAUGUGGUUAAGACUGGUGUGUUAUCCAGUAGAUGGGGAAAUCUCUGGAGAUAUGUACCUGGUUUGGACUUGAGGUAUGGUGACUUCCCGGAGUACAAAGCUUUUAUGUGCUUCGUCGAUCGCUUUCUUGGUUUUAACAGUGAGUCGUGUCUGCAAAAUUUUAAGUUAAACUACCAAUACGUAAGGGUAAAGUACGAAUGGAAGUGGGAUGAUCUUGAUAAUGCUAAUGUCGCCCGGUGGAUUAACACUGUUGUUAACCGCAAAGUUGAACAUCUUCAUAUUCUAGAUGGCAAGUGGUGCGAAUAUGAAGUGCAGAUACCUCCAGCUGUUUACACAUGUGAUAGCUUGGUAUCCCUAAAGCUCUCUGACGUAAGCUUUACUACUCCCAAGUCCGUUUCUUUACCUUCCCUCAAAGUUAUGUAUCUUGAUAUGGUUAAGUUUGCCAACGAUUGGUCUUUCGAGAUGCUGAUCUCAGGCUGUCCAGUUCUCGAAAGCUUAACUAUAAAGAGGAGUGCUUGUGACAAUGUAGAUUAUUUACGUGUUUGCUCUCAGUCUCUUCUUAGCUUCACCCUUAUGGGCCACUGUAACGAGGAUAUAGAUGAAGAACAAGUAGUUGCAAUUGAUGCUCCUAAGCUUGAGAAUCUCAAGCUUUAUUGUCAUGAAACUGCAAGUUUUGUUAUAAAUAACUCGGCAUCCCUCGUUAAGACGACCAUCGACGUUUUGUUUAACUUGUCUUUCGAAAAGGGUAGGUUUGAUCCGAAUGAUCUACCAAAGAGAAAUAUGAUCCGUAACUUUCUCCUCGGGAUAUCUAGUGUCAAAGAAAUGGACAUCUCUUCAGAUACCCUUGAGGUCAUCUAUAAUUACUCAAGAUGUGAACGAUUACCUUUAUUUCGUAACCUAUCUUCCUUACAUGUUGACUUCGGCGACUACAGGUGGGAAAUGUUGCCAGUCUUUCUGGAGAGCUGCCCGAAUCUAAAAUCUCUCUCAUUGGGAUUUAGUAAAACUCCAGGGGAGGAGCCAAUUAGUAUUUUGCUUGGACCGCAUUGUAACCUACCAUCUCUGGAGUUUGUUGACAUAGUAAAGCCAAUGGUAGAAGAGGAGGCAACAGAAAUGAAACUAAUGAGUUACUUUCUAGAGAACUCACCAAUCCUCAAGAAACUCACACUACGCUUGGGUAAUUUCAGAGGAAAAGAAAAUGAAUCUGCUUUCCUCAGGAAACUCCUUACCGUUCCAAGACUCUCUAGCUCAUGCCAAGUUGUCAUUUGCUGAUCCUCAAUAGUCUUUUGGCAAUUAGCAGAAAAUAGUUGUCUAUGUAUCUUUCUUCUUUUGUGAUGGUUUUGAAUCUUUUGAAGUUUCAGACUAGAAAAAAAAAAGAAUCAGGGCCUAUUAGGGAACUUCUAUAAAUCUAGAGACCUAUUCUUUUUCGAGAACUUAUAUAAUCAUCUCAUGCUGCCCUGUUUUCGUGAAUUUAAGUGAUGAUAUUGAACUUG